CGGCCACCGUCUUUCUAUAUCAAUCGCCGGCGAUCAACCUUUCUAAAUAUAUAUCCAUGGCUUCAUCGGCUCAGAAUCAUCAACAACACUUCCCUGCCACAUCAGCUCCACCACCAACACCUUCCAUCACCUCCACCUCCACCUCCACCUCCACCUCCGACUCAGCUGUCACGGACCUUCUCUCCCGCCUUCUCCACCGACUCCCACCUACUCUCUCCGACACCCCUAUCUUACUCCGCCGCCGUUCUUUACUCGCCGCCACCACUACUUCGCCUCUGGUCAUCUCCUUUCCCGACCUCAAUUCCUCCCUAUCCUCUACGCUCACUUCCGUUUCCGAAUCUGGAUUCUUCCAACUCACCAACCACUCCAUACCCUCCGAACUCGCUCGCUCAGCCGAGUCCGACUCACUCUCCCUUUUCAACCUCCCCCGCCACCAGAAACAUCAACACUUCCCCAGAAGCUGGCCUCUCGGUUUCGACGCCGACGAUGAAGACGACACCGGUGCCGGAGAAUCUUUGUUUCUUGACUCUUUUUGCUCAACCGAUUCAUCGGAGUUGUCUCUGAAUUCUCUACGCGAGUUCACUCAGGAAAUGGAGAAAAUUGGUUUAGCCGUAGUGGAGGCGCUAUCGUGCGCCAUGGGGUUACAGAAUCCGGCCCGAUAUGACCCGUCUAGUGUUUGUUCGUUGAUGUGGAUAUCCGACAGCUCAAGCUCCCCCGGUGAUACGAUGGCCGGGUCGGGUAAAUUAUACCCUUAUGUGGUCGGGUUGCAUUAUCAGAUUCGGAGCCAAAAAUGUUCUUUAUUGGCGGAUUCGGGUUCUGUAUCAAUCUCAACCCAAAUGGACUCUAUCUUGGUUACACUUGGAGACAUCGCUCAGGUAUGGAGCAAUGGAAAAUUGAGUAAAGUGAAAGGAAAACCGAUAUUAAGCAUGGAAGAAUCAACAUCCGUGACGAUGUCUCUCUUGGUCACAUUGCCGGUAGAGAGCACUGUCUCUGUUCUUUCAAGGGUUUUGACCAGAGGCCAUGGCGACACUGACACUGAGUGCAACGUUAACCAAAAUCAAGAUCAUUAUGGUGAAACGAGUGAAGAAAGCAAGUUUAGUUCGUUUUCGUUUGAAGACUAUGCUUGGAAUGUGUACCAUGACCGGCUCUCGCUUAAAGACUCGUUGCAUAGAUAUCGGAUUCAAACUCAACUGUAAGAAUCGUAUGGAUAUCAUGAAGCUGUUUGUUUCGUUGUGUUAUUUUUUGAAAAACGUUAUAUAUUUCGAGGCGAUGGUAUUUGUUUGUUUUAUUUUUUAUUUUUUUAUGUGUAAUGUAGUAGUUAGUUGUAUACAAUCAUUAUGGAAAAGUACAACGUUUGUUUUAUGAAAACACUAGAAGGGUAUUUGUAUAAUGCAGCGAGAUAUAUCUUCA